GACGUAGUCAGACAUGAGAUUAUUUCCAGGCUGAUCAUUAAGUUAGAGUCAGCGCUUUCAAGGACGCCUCUUGACUUGGACUUCUUACAGUUUGCAUGUCGGCAAGAGCUGUACCUCUGGGAAGCACUGUCAAGGCAUGUAAAUGUCCCCCCGGAUAUUGUACAGGCCUUAAGAAAGUUCCUCCAGCUGGUCAUGGACCACAUUGAAAAUGCUGAAGUUACCAACAAUACUGUGGAAACUGUAGCUGGAGAGAUGGGGCGUCCCAGCAAUGCUACUGACCAGGAGCUUUAUAAUGAAGUCCAACGCAUCAAAAAUGAAAUGCCCACAGCUGGCUAUCGGAUGGUCAAAGGGAAGCUA